AAACCGGCUGCGGGCCGGGGAACGGCGGCAGCAGGCCGAGCGGCAGCAGGCCGAGCUGCGGCGGGCCCGGGAGCGGCGGGUACAGCAGCAGGUGGCUCACUGCCUGGCAGCCUACGCACCCAGAGGGAGCCGGGGGCCGGGGGCCGCCCAGCACAAGCUGCAGGAGCUAAGGUGCCAGGAGCGACAGCGCUUUGCUGAGUACCAGGCAGAGUUGCAAGGUAUCCAGCAUCGGGUGCAGGCCCGGCCCUACCUGUUCCAGCAGGCCAUGCAGGCCAAUGCCCGGCUCACCGUGACCCGGCGCUUCUCCCAGGUGCUGUCGGCGCUGGGACUGGAUGAGGAGCAGCUGCUGGCUGAGGCAGGAAAGGGGGCUACGGAGGGCACCCCCAGGAAACCCAGGAGCCACAGGUCAGUGGGAGUGAGAAUGGAGCACUCUUCUCAGAGUCCCCCAAAGAGAGAACCCACUGGCAGCCAGCCUGACAAGCACUCCGCCCCAAGCCCAGACCGAGAGUCCAGUCCCUGA